AUGGCUGGUACUUAUGAUACUGAACAAGAAAGAGUGAUUGACAGAAUUAAAUGUAUCGCUUUUCGUGAAGCUCGCGAUGCCGGUGCAGCAUUUAUUAAUCGACAAUGGAUCGCGGAGAAAAUUCGCCAUACAACCCGAUUUGUCACAGAAUGACCGAAUUAUCAAAAUGAUAGCAUUUGGGCCUUAAAUGUCGAAGAUAUUGAAGAUGAUGAAAGGUACCAAAAUGUUAUUGAUCCUGAUGAAGUCACAUUUGUUCAUGAUAAGGCGCCGUGUAUGCGAGCAAACAAAACCCAACAUUUGCUUCAAGACAACAAUGUGAAGUUUUGGGGCAAUGACAUAUGGUCAGGAAAUUCGCCUGAUCUCAAUGUAGCAGAACGUAUAGGAUCAAUAAUGAAAGAUGAAGUUGAGAAAAAAAUUUUAUCAGAGAUUGGACAUAAUCGGUAUCUUGAGGAUACACUCAAAGUGCAUCUUACAAGCGUUUUGACCAAUAUCGAGACAGACACUGAUUUAUUUGAAACACUUUUACGUUUGUAUCCAUCACGUCUCCGUGCAGUGAAGAAAGCUAACGGUCGUCACACUCAUUAUUGA